UGCUUCCGGUGUGUCACAUUGAUCUCCGUCCGACCAGCAGCAGCAACAACGCGUGAGGAAGCCGCUGCAGAGACGCGAUGCUCUCCGCUUUAAGAGAGAGAACCGGGGACGUUCUGCUACCGGGAGACGAGUUCUGCUUCCAGCCCGACGACACCCUCUCUCUAACGGGCCCCGCUCACCCGGAGAAGCUGGUGUGUGGACCGGGUCUGAGGCGGAGCGGAGACCGGCUGCUGGUGUGUAAGAGCGGCGUCCUGCGACACAGACAGCCCAACACGUUCUGGAUGGAGUCCCAGCAGAGGAGGUAUGUCCCCGCUAAAGGUGAGACCGUCAUCGGCAUCGUGACGGCCAAAUCGGGAGACGUCUUCAAGGUGGACUUUGGAGGAAGUGAGCAGGCGUCUCUGUCCUACCUGGCCUUUGAGGGAGCGACCAAGAGGAACCGCCCCAACGUCCAGGUGGGCGACCUGGUGUUCUCCCAGUUCCUCAUAGCCAAUAAGGACAUGGAGCCGGAGCUGGUGUGUAUGGACAGUUCAGGACGAGCCAAUGGGAUGGGAGUGUUUGGAGGAGGAGGUCUGCUCUUCACGGUCUCUCUGGGACUCGUCAGAAGACUGCUGUCCCCCCACAGUGAGGUCCAGUCAGACCUGCAGCAGCUGUUCCCCUGUGAGCUGGUGGUCGGGAUGAACGGCCGUCUGUGGGUGAAGUCCUCCAGCGUUCAGCAGACGCUCGUCAUCUCCAACCUGCUGCAGAGCUGUGACACCAUGACGGCCCAGCAGAGACGCCAGCUGUUCAGGAGGGUGGCACAGGGGGCGCUGUAGACCACAUCAGACCUCAUCCCACACCUGAAGAUAAACCUGGACCAGCAGCUGUUCAGGAGGGUGGCACAGGGGGCGCUGUAGACCACAUCAGACCUCAGGUACACCUCCACCUGGUUCCAGAGGACGGGUCCUUGUGCAGGUUCUGCUCAGGUGUGUUGGAUCAGAGGGAGGGUUGAACAGUGAGCCUCUCUGCUGUCAUAUAUAUCACAUAUAAAUAAUGUACAUUUAUGAAUUUGUUCUGAGUCUUUUGACCCCUCAGAUUCCUCUCAGGACCAACCCACAUCUACCUGACACAUGGGAAUGGACCGUAUUUGAUAAAUGAAAGAUUAUUUUUAUCCCUUUGCCUUUGUUGGAUAGUCAUGACACUCGUGAGUCGUUAUUAGAUCAAUAUCCUGAUGUGAGACUAGAUAUCAUAAUAUUGAUAUAAUAAGUCUUUUCCUGGUUUUAAAGGCUGUAUUACAGUUUAGUGAUGUAUGUUCUGAACUCAGAUUCACUAACUCUUCUGUUCUUUGCCUACAAACUCACUCUAUUCACAGAACUGAUGGUUAUCAAAAACAUCAUUGUGUAAAUGUUUUGAUUGAUUCAAAUGUUGUGACGACCACAUACUGAGAUGUUCCCAUCAGAUCAAUGCUUCCUAUCAAUGCUUCCUAUCAGAUCGAUGCUUCCUAUCAAUGCUUCCUAUCAAUGCUUCCUAUCAGAUCGAUGCUUCCUAUCAGAUCAAUGCUUCCUAUCAGAUCGAUGCUUCCUAUCAGAUCGAUGCUUCCUAUCAGUGUGUUCUUUGUUUUCUGUUACAUGUGUCACAAUCAGUCUCUCUGAAAGAGAAUCAUUAAAGUUUCCUUCUGUUAAUUAACU